AUGGCCCCGGCCCCCGGCCCGCAGCGGCUAGAAGAAAAACCCGAGGACCGCGGAGCAGCCGCCUCAGGUGUGGAAAAGGCGAAGCGACGCGGGCGACCGAAGACUCAGCCACGGCAACGCGGUCACCGCGCCUGCGCCGCGCACCCCUAUCACGUGAUUGACGCCCCGCCCCCGCCCUCUGGGAGGCUAAUGACCUGCAUCGAGGCCCCGGAGGAGCCAGCCCCGCGGCAGCUCCAGCCUGUCCCUGCUGCAGCCACCGCCACCAAUGCCGCAGACCCUGCUGGCUAUCACCAUGGCUCGCUGGAGGGCGACCUGGAGUGCCUCGUGUGUCGGGAGCCCUACACCUUCACCCGGCUGCCCAAGCUGCUGGGCUGCCAGCACACCUUCUGUGUCGUCUGCCUGAAGCUCCUGCUGUGCGUGCGUGACAACAUCUGGUCCAUCACCUGCCCCCUGUGCCGGAAGGUCACCGCCGUCCCCGGGGGCCUCAUCUGCAGCCUGCGCAACCAGGAGGCAGCCAUGGGUCACCUGGCCCGGCCCAGCCCGGAGGUGCGGCUCUGUCCACAGGGGCUGGAAGAUCCCGUCACCUCGGCAGCAGGGCACCUGGGCUCAGCGGGAGAGGAUGGGCAGGACUGGGUGAGUGCCAACCACGCAGCUGCCCGGCGCUUGGCAGCACAUCUACUCCUGCUGGUUCUGCUCAUAUUCCUCAUCCUCCCCUUCGUCUACCCGGGUGUCGUCCGGUGGGUGCUUGCCUUCAUCAUCAGCCUGGCCCUGCUUAUGUCCACCCUCUUCUGCUGCCACCCCAGCAGCCAGGGCAGAUGCCAGCUCUCCCCCAGGACUCUCUUCUGCAGAAAGCAGACACACAGCCAGAUCUCUUCCAUUGCCUGAGUGCCUUCAAAUGGGGCAGCCCCUGCAGGACCUCGGGGGCCCCUGGGGCCCCCAACACUUUCACAGUGACUGGGGUAAGGGGCUAUGAACAACAUCCCUUGGGAGAUGAAAGGCCAGCUGAGCUUGCAAGCCAAAGUGAGAAUGGCUGUCUUGGGUCAGGAAUGGUGUAUUUGGACAACAGGGUUUACAACUGCUCGCGAUAGAGCACGGCUCAACUGUUUGGGGGGCAGGGGGAGGAGGCACAAAUGACUCCAACACUACAAGGGUCUCCUGCUCUUCUCAUUACAGUGCUCGUGGUUUUUCUUUGUGACUUGAUGAAAGUAUUGCAACCUUGACCAUAUUG